AUCAAUCACUUUAUGUAGGAUUUCCGAACGUACUCUUAUAAAAGCGUAAAAGGUUAAGUGCGCCGUGAAUACAAAAUCCUAUAAAGAGAGAUGGGAGAGUUAUGAUGACUAAUGUAGAAUAUUCCCAAAGAGAUCAAUUUCGAGUUGGAUUAUUCGAUUGAUGGGCAUAUCAUUUGCUAAACAAAGUAACGUCAAAAUGAGCAAUCCUAGAAGCAACGAAUCUGAGAAGAAUGCCAAGCAAGGUCAAUCGAACAGCAGCACGAGACCGUUGUCCAUUGAAGGCCCUUCCACCUCCAAUAAUGUCUCACAACCGUUACCAAAUCAACCUAGACAGCCAACCAAUUUGCAAGGGUUGCUCAAAUAUGCCAUGGACGCGGCGCAAUCUGAGGAUACGGAAAACAAAUCGCCGAUCUAUCCUUUGGACGAAGAAAAAAAAACGUUUUUGAACGAAGCAUUGUCGUCGUUAACGGUGAACGUAAUAGAAGAAAUGCAGAAAGCUGUACAGACCUUGUCCAAUGUCGGCAAUCUACGAGCUGACGACGAUUCGUCCGAGUACGAGAAUGCGCUGGAGAGAAUGGCGGAUCUUGUCGACAAUAUCGACAUAGCCAAUGAUUUUUACAAGAUCGGGGGUUUUGCGAUAUUUCAGCCGUGCCUGAACUCGUCGCACAGUAAUAUCAGAUGGCGGAUAGCCGAUAUUAUUGCUGAAUUAGCGCAGAAUAAUCCAUUUUGUCAAGACAAGUUGCUCGAAGCCGGAGUAUUCCCUGUAUUGUUAUCCAUCAUCGAUACAGAUCCGUCGGAACAAGCGCGGAUAAAAGCUCUGUAUGCAGUAUCGUGUAUAGUCAGAGGACAUCCAGCAUCAUUAAAGUAUAUGGACACAAACGACGGUUACUCGGUACUUUUGCGAGCGAUGCAGAGCCCGGUGGAAAAGCUGCAGAUAAAAUCCGCAUUCUUACUCUCCAGCUUAUGUAGCAAGGACGACUCGAGCGAUAUAAAAUGUACCUUAGUAAAAAUGGGAUUUAUAGAACAAGCGGCAGGUUUGUUGGGUAGAAUGAAUUUGCAGUCGACAGUCAGAGAACAAUUAUUGAGAGUUCUUAAUGGUAUGGUAAAUGAUAAUUUUUUUCCGGCACUGAAGGAAUGUCGGCGUCCACAAUUGUGUUUAAGAUCCACAUUGGAGCAAUUGUUGACAGAAUUAAAACCUGUAGAAAAUCAAGAUGAGAUAGAUAUGUGUUCCGAGCUCCUGGAUAAAGUAUUUUUUGAGCCUGACACUAAUCAUGAGAGAUAGCAAACUUGUGCAUCACAAUUUUUCUCUAAAUAAAAUUAUAA